GCCAAAUUCACUGCAUUCGCCCCAAAGUUGAGUUAAUUUGUCAAUUUUCUGUGAAAUUUUCUUCACAAAUUAAGUGCACGAAAUGGCUCUGCCUGAGAAUCUCGUGAGGAAUUAUAAGAAAUUCCAGGAGCCUAAUGGGCUACCGAUCUUCCUCAAAGGUGGCCCAUUCGACAGGGUUCUGUUCGGAUCAACGGUCUUCCUGUGCGGCGUUGGUGUUCUCUUCUUCGCCAAUUUUGUCUACACAAUGGGAUUCAAGAAGAAGACAGGCUAAAUUGCUUUUUCCGUAUGUUUUCUUGGGAGAAAAUAAAUAAUUUUUAGAAAUUCGUGAAAAUCGCCGUUAAAUUCAA